AUGGCGCCUCAGGGUCCUUCCUCCGCCUCUCUGUUCCUCUGUAUGGCACCUCAGGGUCCUUCCUCCACCUCUCUGUUCCUCUGGCACCUCAGGUCCUUUCUCCACCUCUCUGUUCCUCUGGCGCCUCAGGGUCCUUCCUCCGCCUCUCUGUUCCUCUGUAUGGCGCCUCAGGGUCCUUCCUCCGCCUCUCUGUUCCUCUGUAUGGCACCUCAGGGUCCUUCCUCCACCUCUCUGUUCCUCUGUAUGGCGCCUCAGGGUCCUUCCUCUCCCUCGUGCUCCUCUGUGGUGCCUCAGGUCCUUCCUCCCCCUCGUGCUCCUCUGUUUGGCGCCUCAGUGUCCUUCCCCCCCUCGUGCUCCUCUGUUUGGCGCCUCAGUGUCCUUCCUCCCCCUCGUGCUCCUCUGUUUGGCGCCUCAGUGUCCUUCCUCCCCCUCGUGCUCCUCUGUUUGGCGCCUCAGUGUCCUUCCUCCCCUCGUGCUCCUCUGUUUGGCGCCUCAGUGUCCUUCCUCCCCCUCUGCUCCUCUGUUUGGCGCCUCAGUGUCCUUCCUCCCCUCGUGCUCCUCUGUUUGGCGCCUCAGUGUCCUUCCUCCCCCUGCUCCCUCUGUUUCCCUCAGUUUUCUUCCUCCCAUUCUGCUCCUGUGUAUGGCGCCUCAGUUUUCUUCCUCCCCAUUCUGCUCCUGUGUAUGGCGCCUCAGUGUCCUUCCCCCCCUCGUGCUCCUCUGUUUGGCGCCUCAGUUUUCUUCCUCCCCAUUCUGCUCCUGUGUAUGGCGCCUCAGUUUUCUUCCUCUCCAUUCUGCUCCUGUGUAUGGCGCCUCAGUUUUCUUCCUCCCCAUUCUGCUCCUGUGUAUGGCGCCUCAGUUUUCUUCCUCCCCAUUCUGCUCCUGUGUAUGGCGCCUCAGUUUUCUUCCUCCCCAUUCUGCUGCUCCUGUGUAUGGCGCCUCAGUUUUUUUUCUUCCUCCCAUUCUGCUCCUGUGUAUGGCGCCUCAGUUUCUUCCUCCCCAUUCUCUGCUCCUGUGCAUGGCGCCUCAGUUUUUCUUCCUCCCCAUUCUGCUCCUGUGUAUGGCGCCUCAGUUUUCUUCCUCCCCAUUCUGCUCCUGUGUAUGGCGCCUCAGUUUUCUUCCUCCCCAUUCUGCUCCUGUGUAUGGCGCCUCAGUUUUCUUCCUCCCAUUCUGCUCUGCCUCAGUUUUUCCUCCCAUUCUGUGUGUGGCGCCUCAGUUUUCUUCCUCCCCAUUCUGCUCCUGUCCAUCAUUUAUUCCUUCUCUUCUCAUAUUCUCUUCUCAUAUUGUCUUGCUCCAGGUCGGGGUGCAGGACCUUCAGGCAAUAUGAUGAUGGGAAUGCGAGGGCCUCCACCAAUGGGACGUGCUGCACCUCCACCCCCUGCAAUGAGAGGACCUCCACCGGGUAUGAUGCCAGGCCCACCCCCUGGAAUGCGUGGACCACCUCCAAGGCAGUGA